UUAAAAAAGGGUGAUAGAAACUCCGAAAUUAAGAAUAUCAAGGUAAAGAAAAAUUCAUUCUGUACCUCAUCGGGUAAUUUGAUUAAAAAAAAAUAUUUACGCGAAUGAGAUCUGUCACACCAAGCAUCGGAAAUCAUGGAAAUAGUAAGCGAUCGAUUCAGCGACUGCCAACGACCCCCGAGACAACCCAAAAUCACGACUAAAAGCGUUAGGGAGUGCCUGCAGCCGGAAAGUCUCAGCGAGUUUCAAGCGCGCAUGACUCAGAUCCGCAGUAUUUUGGUGCUGAAAAACAGCGAUAAGGAAUGGUCCGUCGGUAAAAGCCGUCCGAAAUUCGCCAAUCUUCCCAGCCACCUCGUCGACUCGGAUUUUGGAUAUCGAGCCAGAGAUCCCAACAACGUCGACAAUACCAUUCACGGAGAGUACGAGCACGACGCGAAUUACGAAGCGGAAAAGCAGCCCGGCUAUCAGUUGACGCGACGCUACGAGAGUCCGUUCGAUCGCUGUCAAACUUUCGGCCGAUCUCUGCGACUGGAUCCUCGCAGCAGCAGAAUUCAACGCCUCUUUCAAUAUCAGUCCGGCGAAUGCGAGUGCGAGGCGGAUCGGAAAACUGGCGAUGAUCGUCUUAAAUUACUCGCCGAUGGCGGAAGCGAAGACAUCUUCGAUCGGAUCGUCGCCCAGAGCAGCUCCAAUAACAUUUACGAGGUCUUUCACGGGGCGCCGGUGCAGAGAGACUUGACCGACGUGAAAAAUGCCUUGGCGCACGUCAACAGUCUGCGCCUCAUAAUCAAAAAACGCGACUCCGAUUUGAUUUUUUUAGAGCUGAUGGAUCACUACAACUGCGUCGAUAAAGUAUGCGGGCACGCGAUGUGUUUGCGAUUCUCCUUCACGUCGCUCAUAAAUUCAAUUAUUGUCAGGACAAACGUAAGGUCGUCGACUCGGUGGAGUUCUAUCGGGCUCUGGCUACGGUGAACAUCAAACCGAAUCCAAAAAUGUUCAAUCUCCUGCUGAAGAUAUUCGACUGGAUCGAGGGGAACGAUAUACGCUACGAGAAAGCUUUGGAUCUGCUGAAUUGGAAAUAUGUCUUUCCUUCGUUUGAAAAAUUACGAUUGGUUCAUCCGGUCGAGGAACGAAAUUACACAACGACCUAUCAAGAUACUAUGACAU